UCCACUAAUACUUUCCAGCUACACGCUAACACGCAGAGACAAAAGUCUAGCUGCACUGCUUAAACUUGAUUUUUUUUCUUCUCUCGGCUACAGGGGAGAAAAGUUACAGCCAACAUGAAGUCUUGUUUGAGGAUAGUUUUACUUGUUUUUCUUGUUACUGGAACAUUAACACAAGAGUUUGAUCUGUCGGAUGCCUUUGAUAUAGAUCCAACACAAGAGCCAAAAGCACCAGAGCCCGAAAAGCCAAAAUCCCCAGAUGUGCCCAAAACUGACGAGUUUGAUCUGUCGGAUGCCUUUGAUAAAGGUCCAACACAAGAGCCAAAAGCACCAGAGCCCGAAAAGCCAAAAUCCCCAGAUGUGCCCAAAACUGACGAUAAAUCAGAGAAGAAACCCAGUUCUGGAGGAGGAGGAGGAGGAGAUGGGUUUGAUCUGGAGGCUGCUCUGGUUCCAGAUAACCCCACUGAGAAACCUGCUCCUAGACCACCAAAGGGUGGAGGAGGUGGUGGAUCGUUUGACAUCACAGACCUGGAAGAUGUUGCUGGUGGAGACUUCAAGCCUGAUGGAGGCCGCUCAGGAGGCCGUGGAGAGGAUUCUGGUCAUGAUACCCAGGGUGGUGCUGACCAGCCAGAAGAAGCUGGAUCUGGACAGAUUGCAGGGAUCGUCAGUGCCAUCGGAGUCGCUAUUUUAGGAGCGGCUUCCAGUUACUUUGCUUACCAGAAGAAGAAACUGUGUUUCAAGCUGCAGGGAGGUCAGGAUCCAGAGAGUGGUAAAGACCAGCAUGGGACUCAGUCUGACCCUCAAGUUCUCAGCAACCUGCUCAAGACGUCUUAGAGACACUCUGCACUUGCACAACACAAGUCAGUGGCCUGUUAUACAGAACUCAACUCAAAAUCAACCUUUCAAUUAACUGUGUGUGUUUUGUCUUUGGUCAUAAGACUGAGACUCCCUUUGUCUCAGAGAUGAAGCUGCAGCCUAACAUGGAUACAACUAAAGCUUAACUUGAAAAAUGUAAAAUAAAAAUCAGUCCUGUUUGAUUUCUUUUUUUCCGUUCAUAUUUAACAGAACUUCAAUCAGAACAGCUGAGUAAUGAUUUCAACAAAUACUACUCUACACAUGAAUCUGACGCUUACACUAUAGUAACUACAUAUAAGUGUAUUAAGUUUUACGUAGUUGCUGCACAGCUGGAGGCGAUUGUUACAGAAUAGACUCUUUCCUGCCAUCCUUUACCCUGUAACUUGUGAUUGUGUCUGUGGCAAACUCUACCCAGCUGGUAUCUGAGAAGGAACCUUAAAAAUAAACCGUAUGUAUUUUCUUGUGUGUGCCCCAGAAUGGAUGUACAGUAUUUCCCUAAGCACCUUAAAUCUUAAAAGAUUGGAUUGAUCAUCAAAAUCUGACUGAACCAUACACUGUAAAUUCAAAAUUAAUUGUAAAUUCAGUGUAAUGUGCAUUUUCUUUCACCAUUUACCUCCAGUCAGUUUUUACUUUGCCGUAUUUUUGAGCACUGUUAAAUUGAAGUCAUUAGUUAACAUAACGUUCAGUCGUCAGACCAUCAUCAAUAAUUCCUGAUUAAGAAGUGACGACUGAAAUCUUUUUAAUGAAGUGAGUACCAGUGAUCAAUAGUGAAUGGUGUUUUUGGUUCUUUCUAAGUUACAGUCAAUAAAAUCAAGACUUCCUGUAGUUUUAAAACUCAUCAGGAACACCAUUGAGCAGGACUUUUGAGAAGCUGUACGUUUUUCAAUGUGAAAUAAGUGAGUGCGACUGAAAGAACGAUAAAGUAGAAACAACUGGAACAGAGGAGGGAAAACCUUUUAAAGUGACUAUGACAUGAUUUUGUGGAAAUGUACAUUGUACUGCACUUAUUAAGACAACAGGUCAAAAUGGAGAAAGUACUGAGUUUGCAUCGACAGUAAUGGGCCCCUAUUUAAAAAUUGACAGUAAUCCAUACUGUAGCAUAGGUCAAAGAUGUUUCAGGUUGUUAUAUUGAUCCAAUCAUCAUGUAAGUGGACUUCAGUCCAGCAGAAGGAGCUUCUCAUGUACAAUGCUGAUUGUGAUGUAAGCAGAAUGCUAAUGUAUUAUAUAUAUUUGAUAAAUAUACAUAAGUCAGUGAGAUUUAUUUGAUAUAUAUAAGUGACAUUGCUUAAGAUCUUUAGUGUCACAUGUAAAUGUAACAUACAGUAUAGUAGAUACUAGCUAGUAUAACCUUUACAUUUCUGUUUUCUUGUGUUGGAGAUUCCUCCUUAAUUUGUACACUGCAAAAUACAUUUCUGUCUGUAGUUUGACUCCUUCUAGUACUUACUUUAAAGCUGCACUAAUAAACAUUUUUAUAUUAACAGUGGAUCUAAUGACUAUGUGUAACAUGAAAAGACAAUUAUCACCAUCUUUGCACUUGUGCUUUUAGCUCAUUGUUUUGGUUCUCUGACCCACAAACUCUUCUAAAAGUCAGAGACAUCUGACAGCUGAAGAGACAGAUGUUUCUCUCAGCUGGUAGAGGGUUUUAUCCAAUAGGAUGAUAAUAUUCAUCUGUCUCUGCUGCACAUGUAAAUAGGCAUCUGUUUGCUAACACAUUAGCCGUAACAACUUCAUAAGGUCAGACUGUGUUUUAGGUAGUUCUGCUGCCCCCAAUUGGUCAAAAACUCAACUAAUGCAGCUUUAAAACAAGUGAAAGUGUAAUACUCCAACCCACUUGUUUUAAAAAAUAUAAGGUUUUAAGGAUUCAAUCAGACAGAAAUGGACUAAUAUGGAGAUUUUUGCAGAGUUUUGUAUUUUUUCAGUUAUAUUGCUGCUUUGCUGCUCUUUUGCUCUUUUGUUUGCUGUAGCAUAGAGGUAGAGUAGAGUAGAGGUGAAGCACAGGCAACACUCUGAGGUAUUGCAUAUGCUGCAUUUGUCCAUGAAUCAUGAAUCAACACUUGUUCCAUUUCAGUUCUCUGCACUAUGUUGAAUUUGGUCUCCCAUCCUUCAGCCACUCAUGAGCACAUAAAAAUACUAACAUCAGAACAAUUACAUGAGGAGGUUAUGUUUGGAGAGUUGCUGUUGCGAUGCUAAAACAUUAAAAUGAUCUGCAUCCAUGUAAAUACUUGACAAUGAUGUGUAUAGACCCUGCUGAUGUUAGCUUCAGGCUGGAUGCUGCCGUGCUGCCUCUGAGCUGUUCAGUAUCAAUCAUGAUCUCAAUCUAAAGUGAGUUUUGGGGAGAUUUUUGUAUUUUAUAUUGUCUGAGCGUAACAAGCAUAGAUAAUCCAGGUAUAGUUCAUGUGAUGAUUAGAUGAAUGUUAUUUUACUGAGUGGAUUUGAAAUGUGUGUACAUGUUUUCAAUAAAGUGGUGUACAGUU